AUGGCAUUACUUAUUCUUUUUAUUAUUCUUCUGGCAACACUUUUAGCAACUCGUAAAAAAAGGUUUGCAUCAUCAACUUCAACUAGAGGUAAAUAUUAUGAUAAUAAUAUAACUAUUUUUGCUCCAGUUUCAGUUGCGUAUGCAUUUUAUUCUUUUGAUUAUAAUGUUCUUGAUCUUUAUUCCAUUCAUGAUGGACAAGUAAAGGAAGGCAUUGAAAAUUAUAUACCAUGUUAUGUUGGUGCUGGUGGAGCCUUAAUCUUGAAUGAAUCAUAUCCUAUUUGGAUAUCCAUCGCGAAUUCAUUCAAUUUGAGAAAUACAAGUUUUACUAUAGAACCAUUUAUUUUUCCACUAAAUAAUUCAAUCAAUGCAAAUCUUGUUCAAUUUUCAUCUGGAAUAUCAAUAAAUAUCAAUAUGAAUUAUUUAGAAUUUAUUAAAGUUGAUCAAAAUGUGAAGAUAUAUCUCGAUGGAAGGCUUACUGGACAAUCAUCAUAUAUAACACAGAUCGAUUCUGAAAAUGGAAAUAUCACUAUGACUAUUGGUUCUGGAUAUAAUGGUAUUAUAGAUCAAUUAUCGAUUUCAUAUGAAGCUAAAACUAGUGAUAGACUUCUCUGGAAUGCAACUGUUCUUGGAUAUUAUCCUCUUGAUGGUGGUACUAACAGUUGGUUACUUGAUUAUGGACCAAAUUGUCAAAAUGCCACUUCAGAAGGUACACAAGCUGUGCAUGGGUUUAGAGCAUUAGAUAUAUCUUCUCAUGCAUUUUCAGUUGCUCUAUGGAUUCGACCUGAAAAUCAAUCUGGAGUUUUCCUUACUAUAACCAGUCCCAUGGCUUGUUUUAUUGUACUUGAUAUUGGAAAUAGUGAUAAUCAUAUUGUUGCUUAUUUACCUAAUGCAAUAAAUACAAGUGUUGGUGUAAAUAUAAUUGGAUCAUCAAUGAAUAUUGGAACUGCUUCUCAAGGUCGAGCUGAUACAAUGAAAUUAAAUAAUGGUUAUGGUGAAUCAAUGACUGUAACACUUAGAAUGUAUCAUGGAACAGCAAAUUGUAUUGGUGGAAAUGGAUUAGAUGUAACAAAACCAUUUAUUGGUUCACUCGAUGAAUUAUAUAUAUUUUCACGUGAAUUACAACAGAAUGAAAUUGAAAAACUUAAUUCAACAACUAAUUUUUGA